GUCCCAGACUCCAAACGGGAUUUCAAGAAGCAGCCCAGUGUAAACAUGGAUGAUAUCUUCACACUAUGUCGAGAGGGUAACUCGGUGGCGGUUCGCCUGUGGUUGGACAACACAGAGAAUGACCUCAAUUUAGGGGAUGACCACGGCUUCAGCCCGCUGCACUGGGCCUGCCGGGAGGGGCGCAGUGGCCUAGUGGACAUGCUCAUCAUGAGGGGCGCCCGCAUCAACGUCAUGAACCGUGGCGAUGACACCCCUUUGCAUCUGGCAUCCAGCCACGGCCACGCAGACAUUGUGGCCAAGUUAAUUCAGUGCAAGGCGGACCCCAACACGGUCAACGAGCACGGCAACACGCCGCUGCACUACGCAUGCUUCUGGGGACAAGAGGCAGUAGCACAGGAUCUGGUGGUGAGCGGCGCUCAGGUGUGUAUGUGCAACCGGUACGGGCAGACACCACUGGAUAAGGCCAAGCCUCAUCUCAGGCAACUGCUUCAAGAAAAGGCAGAAAAACUGGGACAGAGUUUGACCAAGGUUCCUUACAAGGAAACCUUCUGGAAGGGCACCAUGAGGACCAGGCCUCGUAACGGCACCCUCAACAAGCAGGCGGGCAUUGAUUACAAACAACUUUCACUGCUGGCCAAAAUCAAUGAAAACCACUCAGGAGAGAGUUGGCAGGGUCGCUGGCAGGGUGACGAGGUGGUGGUGAAGGUGCUGCAGGUGAGGGAUUGGAGCACAAGGAAGAGCCGAGACUUCAGCGAGGAGCAUCCCAAAUUACGGAUCUUCUCCCACCCCAACAUCCUGCCAGUUCUGGGAGCGUGUCAGUCCCCCCCGGCCCCUCACCCCAUCAUCAUCAGCCCUCACAUGCCGUACGGAUCUCUCUACAACCUUCUCCACCAGGGCACCACUCUGGUGGUAGACCAAAGCCAAGCGGUCAAGUUUGCGUUGGACAUCGCCAGCGCCAUGACCUUUCUCCACACGCUAGAGCCAUUGGUGGCAAGGCUGUACCUCAACAGCAGACACGUCAUGAUUGAUGAAGACAUGACUGCUAGGAUAAGCAUGGCGGAUGCCAAAUUCUCCUUCCAGUGUGCCGGGCGCAUGUACUCUCCGGCCUGGAUGGCCCCAGAAGCUCUCCAGAAGCGCUCGGAAGACAUCAACAGGAGAUCGGCCGACAUGUGGAGUUUCUCCGUACUCCUGUGGGAGCUGGUAACCAGGGAGGUACCAUUUGCCCACCUCUCGCCCAUGGAGAUUGGCAUGAAGGUGGCCUUGGAGGGCCUGCGCCCGACCAUCCCACCAGGGAUCUCGCCUCACAUUUGCAAGCUGAUGAAGCUGUGCAUGAACGAGGACCCCGCCAAGAGGCCCAAGUUUGACAUGAUUGUGCCCAUCUUGGAAAAAAUGCAAGACAAAUAACCCGUGCUCAGCUGCUGUACAGUCACUUCAAACACACAUUUGACAGUAAAAAUAUAUCUGUUACAGUCUUAGCUUUUGCUUUUUUAAUUCAUGGUUGGAGAAUUGAAUGGCCUACAUAGCGAACAUAGAAGAAAUGUAUGUAAAGCCAACGCCGUAACAAAACCAUUGCAAUAAAAGUUUUAUAUUUAUGACAAAA